AUGUCGAACAAAUUGGAAUACCAUCGUGGUGAUGAAGAUGGCUAUGAUGAUAGCGGAGAAGAUCAUCCAAAUGAUGAUGAUACUUAUUCAUCGAACCGAAUGCAAGACGAUGAGGAGGAGCAAGGAAUUAUUCGAUUUGCUUUUCAAAAGGAAUCAUCAUCAAAAGGGCAAUUGAAAGAAAUUCAUAUCGUUACUCCCGGAGAACUCAUUGUAGAGAAUGGAAGCAAUGUGUUGUGUGGGCACGGAACGUAUCGUAAUGAAAGAAAUCAACUCAUAAGCAGCGUUUGUGGUGUAGUAGAACAAGUAAACAAAUUAAUUUCAGUAAGACCUGUCCGAGCGAGGUACCAUGCUGAAGUUGGUGAUGUGAUUGUCGGAAGAAUUUCAAAAUUAACAGGUAAAAAGUGGAAAGUUGAUGUACAAGCAAGACAAGACGCAGUGUUAGAUUUAAAUUCUGUAAAUAUUCCUGGAGGACAACGAAGAAAAACAUAUGAAGAUCAAUUAAACAUGAGAAGCAUAUAUCAAGAAGAUGAUUUGAUCACAGCAGAGGUUCAUAGAACAGAUGGUAGUUCUCUUCAAUUACAGACUAGAAGUUCAAGAUAUGGUAAAUUAGCAAAUGGAGUGAUGGUCCGAGUUCAUCCAUCUCUUGUGAAACGGUGCACGCAACAUUUUCAUAAUUUUUCUUUUGGAGUGAAAGUGAUUCUUGGCAAGAACGGGUACAUUUGGAUAACAGCAUCAGGUAAAUCUUCAAGUGACGCAAUGGAUACAUCUGAUUCUAGAAAGUCUUCUUUCACCAAUUUAGAUGAUUUACUAGCAGCUGCUGACACAGAGGAAGAAGCUUCAAGACCCAUCUCAAAGAUGACUUCAAAACCUGGUGAACCAUUUGAAUCAAAUAGUUUCACUGCUGCAGGAACGUAUACAGAUGUAGUGACUGGAAAAGAUAGAGAGGUGGUUUGUCGAACACGAAACGCAAUAAUUUGUCUACAAUAUCCCUUUCAUUACUCAGCCGUACCACCUAUGUUUUGUAAACUGGUGGAUGAACUUGCAAAAUUCAAAAAAUUGAAAAAGGUCCCUCACGGUCCGACUGUGUCGAACUAG